GUGAGGCUCUCCUGAUUUUUAGUUACCAUGUAUUUGUGAACUGCAAACACAAGAUUUAUUCUCCAUUAUUAUAAAGUUAAAGAAAUACAGCAAAAAAGUCUAAACUCCAUUAUUGAGCCAAAAGAGAAAAAAAGGUUAAAAAUCAAAGGCUUUUGGGGAAGGAAGGAAACAGUUUCCUUCCAGUCAAAGAAUUAAUAUAUAUUGUUUAUUUAUUUUUCUUUAAAUGGGGAAACAAGAACCAGACCCAAAGUCUUUGGAUGAUUCAAAUUCAACACAUAAACCUGACACAUCAACUCUUGAUGUGCUUGCAGCUACAGAUAUGGCAAAACCUUCAAUUUCAUCGUCAUUACUUCCUCAACCUUCUUGGUUUACUGCCAAAAGGUUGCUUGCGGUAUUCUGUGUGAUCAACUUAAUAAAUUAUGUGGAUCGUGGAUCUAUUGCGAGCAAUGGUGUUAAUGGAAACCGUCGAACUUGUACGAAAGACGGUACAUGUUCUUCUGGCAGCGGAAUUCAGGGUGAAUUUAAUUUGAGUAAUUUUCAGGAUGGGGUCAUAUCAUCUGCUUUCAUGGUUGGGCUUCUGGUGGCAUCUCCAAUAUUUGCCUCCUUCGCCAAGAGGGUCAAUCCGUUUAGACUUAUUGGAGUUGGACUGACAGUGUGGACAAUAGCUAUUGUUGGUUGUGGUUUCUCAACUAAUUUCUGGUUCAUUGCAACAUGCAGAAUGCUGGUGGGUGUUGGUGAAGCAUCUUUCAUAAGCCUUGCCGCUCCUUUUAUUGAUGAUAAUGCGCCUGUUGCUCAGAAAACAGCAUGGCUGGGAAUAUUUUACAUGUGUAUACCAACUGGUAUAGCAUUUGGCUAUGUAUAUGGUGGACUGGUUGGCAAUCAUCUUAGCUGGCGUUGGGCAUUUUGGAUUGAGGCAUUACUAAUGCUUCCCUUUGCAGUUUUAGGUUUAUUUAUGAAACCAUUGCAAUUAAAAGGAUUCUCUCAUAUCGGAUCAAAAAAACCAUUAACUUCUCCUCUGACUGCUUGCCCAGAAGAAGCUGUUUUGAAUUGUAGCAAUGGUUUGUCAUCAACACGGGAAGAAUCCAAGGAUGGUUCGAAAGGUGCUCCUAGCAAUUUGAAUGAGUUGGCAAGAUUUUGGAAGGAUCUAAAAACGCUUCAUCUUGAAAAGACUUAUGUCAUCAAUGUCCUAGGAUACAUAGCAUAUAAUUUUGUAAUUGGUGCAUAUUCCUAUUGGGGACCCAAGGCUGGUUAUUACAUAUACCAUAUGAAAAAUGCAGACAUGAUGUUUGGAGGUAUUACUGUUAUAUCUGGAAUAUUCGGAACCUUGGCCGGAGGCUUUGUUUUGGAUCGAAUGACAUCCACAAUAUCCAAUGCCUUUAAGCUUCUCUCAGUGGCAACAUUUCUUGGAGCAAUAUUUUGCUUUGCUGCCUUUUGUUUUAAGAGUUUAUAUGCUUUCAUCCCUCUUUUUGCAAUAGGAGAACUGCUUGUAUUUGCAACACAGGGCCCUGUAAACUAUGUCUGUCUCCAUUCCGUCAAUCCAGGUUUGAGACCACUGGCUAUGGCGAUGUCUACUGUUUCAAUCCACAUAUUUGGUGAUGUUCCUUCCUCUCCUCUUGUGGGGGUUGUCCAGGAUCACAUUAACAAUUGGAGGGUCACUGCUUUGAUGUUGACAUCAGUUCUACUUAUAGCGGCUGGAAUAUGGUUUUUAGGCAUCUUUCUUCACAGUGUAGAUAGAUCCAACGAAGAUAGUGACAAUCAAAUAAGUGAUGCUGAGAGAGCAAGGUCACAACCAUUGCUCAAGGAGAAAAGUAAUGAACCAAUUGAGGUCCCUGUUGAAUCCUCCUAGUAUUUGGUUGUGUUGCUACUGGACAAAUGAAAUGUAAAUUCUUUGGUUCUUUUUCUCUUGAUAAUGGUUGUUUUUGGGCUCGGUUUUGCACGUACCUCGACUAUUUCACCUUUGUACCUGCCACCUCCCAUUGGCACAUGUACCAUAUAACUCUGUCCUCCGAGGCUUAAUGUAAAUUCUUUGAUUCUUAUCUCUGUGUAAAUAAUGUUGCAAAUCCAUCAAGAGAAGUAGUUGAAUUUGUUCAUA